AAUCUCCUCCAUCGGAUCAAUCAAGUGCUUCACAUUAAGCCACGCACUCAUCCCGUUAUUAUGAAAAAUAGCUUAAUGCAAAAUCAGUACCAGAAACUACAACCGCACUUGUCGUCGACCUAUCUUCCUCCGCGCCGCCGUUGGUCCGUGCCGUCGUCUACCAGCAACCUUUUCAAUUCUAAUUCAAUUCCUGCUCUAUUUCAUUCUACUUCCCAACCAAACUCAAACAACCUCUGAAUCAAUUGCGAGGCACAUUCUCCUCAUGGCGAGUACGAACACCGGCGACGCAGUACGGCGGCAGUAAAUUUACGCCGGCAGAGAGAAAGGAUUUCAUUACAUCAAAUUUCUGAUUUAGGUUUAUUUUGUUUAUUUUUUCUUUUUUAAAUAAAUGGUUGGAUACGUGGCCUAAUUUGAUGCAUUUGAUUGAUCCGAUGAAUGAAGUUAACUGAAAGACAGUUUUCUUUCCCGCGUCAAAGCCACUCAAUUCUGCUACCUUCACUUUAUCUUCUUCUGUUGCUUUCAAUAAUGCUUUCAAUGACACUCUCUUUAGGAUACAGAACCAAAACCUCAAUCUCCAAGGUUCCAUUAACAACGUUGUUGUUUUUGCUAGAUUCAACACUGUCACAUGGCUCCAACAGUGUCUUCACCACCACCAUCAUUCGCUCUUUCCAUCAGGGAAGAUCAAAUGGAUACCAAAGAAGAAGAAGAAGAGAGCAAAUGUGCUUACCUUGUGGUAGCUCUAUGCCCUUGUCUCGUUUGUUUCAUUCUUCUCUUAAUUGUUCUUUCAAUCAUUCUUGUUAUCAAAUUCCAUUUUUUUUGUCACACCCCUCUUCAUUCCCUUUUCUACAAAAAAAACUGUUGAUUUCCCAUUUGGGUUGUUUUUCUAGAUUACCCUUUUCUAGUUUUCAAGGAAAGUUUAUGUUUUUGGAUAAUUGUAGAUUGUUUGGUAGUGUUAGUGGUGUUGAAUCUGAUUCUGAGGGUAGUGGUGGUGGUGGUGGUGUUAGUAGUGAGUCAUGUGCAGAUCCAGAUGAGGUUGAUAGGGUAUGUAAGGUGAUUGAUGAAUUGUUUGCUUUAGAUAGGAACAUGGAAGCAGUUCUUGAUGAAUGUGGUGUUAUGUUAUCCCAUGAUUUGGUUGUGGAUGUGUUGCAUAGGUUUAAGCAUGCUAGGAAGCCAGCAUUUAGGUUCUUUUGUUGGGCAGGGAAAAGGUGUGAUUUUGAACAUGAUUCAAGGACUUAUAACUCUAUGAUGACUAUUCUAGGGAAGACUAGACAAUUUGAGACCAUGGUAGCAUUGCUUGAGGAAAUGGGUGAGAAGGGUCUUUUGACAAUGGAGACUUUCUCAAUCGCUAUUAAGGAAUUUGCUUCUGCGAAGGAAAGGAAAAAAGCUGUCGGGGUCUUUGAUUUGAUGAAGAAGUAUAGGUUUAAAGUUGGUGUUGAUGCUGUUAAUUUCUUGCUUGAUAGUCUUGGCGCGGCGAAGCUUGUUAAAGAAGCACAAGUUGUUUUUGAAAAACUUAGAGAUAGAUUUGUCCCUAAUUUGCAAACUUACUCUAUACUUCUUAAUGGUUGGUGCAAGGUUAGAAACUUGUUGGAGGCAGGGAGGGUGUGGAAUGAGAUGAUUGAUAAGGGAUUCGUUCCGGAUAUUGUUGCCCAUAAUAUUAUGCUUGAAGGGUUGUUAAGGUGUCAGAAGAAAUCUGAUGGGAUUAAGCUAUUUGAAGUCAUGAAAGCCAAAGGUCCGUUUCCCAAUGUUCGCAGUUAUACAAUUUUGAUACAGGACUUGUGCAAACAAAAAAUGAUGCGAGAAGCUGUAGAUUAUUUUAACGAAAUGGUGGAUCGUGGGUGUCAACCUGAUGCUGCACUUUACACUUGUUUGAUCACUGGGUUCGGGAGGCAGAAGAAAAUGGAUGCAGUAUAUGAUCUGCUGAAGGAAAUGCGCCAAAGGGGUUGUCCACCUGAUGGAAGGACAUACAAUGCUUUGAUAAAACUGAUGGUAAGCCAACAUAUGCCGGAUGAUGCAGUGAGAGUAUACAAGAAAAUGAUUCAAAGUGGCAUCGAACCAACGAUUCAUGCGUACAACAUGAUUAUGAAAUCCUAUUUUGCGACGAAAAAUUAUGAAAUGGGCCGAGCAGUUUGGGAUGAGAUGCGUCACAAGGGGUGUUGUCCUGAUGAUAACUCGUACACUGUAUUCAUCAGUGGGCUUAUAAGACAAGGCAGGCCGGAUGAGGCAUGCAAAUAUAUAGAGGAAAUGAUGCAGAAAGGGAUGAAAGCUCCUCAGCUUGAUUAUAACAAGUUUGGUGCUGAUUUUUCUAAGUAUGGGAAUCCUGUCAUACUUGAGGAGUUAGCUAGAAAGAUGAAUUUUGCUGGUUGGCAAAAAACCCUUUGGUCCAAGGAGGUUAAACAAUUCCUCUGUACUACCAGUCAUCUUCUUUGGAUUCUAACUUUUGUGUAAAUUUGUUUUAUGUAUUGCCCCACUCCCCCCAGCCGUGAAUUUUUUUUUUUAUUGUGUACAUAGCUAAUGGUUGAAAUGUUUAAACCAGUGUUGUACUGUAGUAUGAUGGCUUGUACCAGUUUGAAUGAAGAACUUGGCUGAUUUGAAGUCAAAUAUAAUAUAAGAUCUGUUGUUGCUUUCCUUA